CUAUCAUAAUCAAUAUGGCGCAUGUUGAUAUGAAAAAUUGACAGCUGUGUGUAUUUGCUUGGCCUUUGUCCGAAACUGUGAUGAUUCUUUUACAUCUCCAGUUUACCAAUAAGUUUUAAAAAUGACGAAGCCAUUUGGUAAUAGUGACAAACGUUUCUCCAUCGACGACGCCUUCGAAGAGGAGACGGAUGAGGCGAUCAGGGUAUACGGAGCCACCGGAGACAGGUCGCCUCUUCAAAACACCAAAUACAAGGAUGAUGGAGACUUUAUACCCAGCAAAACCUACAAAUGCACUGAAGACACAACAUCAAGGGACUCAGACUCGCUCAUCCACGAGUAUGUGGAGGCGACACAGUCCAUGUACUGCUGGAACCACCCCAAGGUGCGAGAGAACUGGAAGACAGUCUGUGCGGCCGUCACUCUGCUCAUAGUUGGCAUCGGUCUAUUAGGAAUGGGCGCCUUCGCUGUGGCUGAGCCAGAAAACGGUCUCCAAGGAGCUGUAUUCUUCGUUGCUGGCAUGAUCUGCUUUGUCCCGGGAGCUUAUCAUGUGGUCUACAUCUGGCUGGCAGCUCGGGGUCAGAGAGGGUAUGACUUUUACCAUUUACCACUAUUUACCUGAUUCUAUUUGUACCUAAAUCUUAUGUUUAAAUCAAGAUGUGAACAAAUGGGAAGUUGGAAAGCAAUCGCAACUGCUUCAGGAUUUGCCUGUGGAGGCAAGUUUUUGUUAGCAAAUAAUAUUAAUUUAAACUAUUGGCACAUUAAUUAUUGAAUCCACCCAUAAUUUUACUGCUAUCCUGGUGAUAGCUGAUGUUUUGAAAUAUGGAUCUUAAAUUGAUUAGAAGAAAUGUAACACAAUAACAAAUUAAGUCCAAUUCUUAAAUUGAAUCACCAAUUUAUUAUAUAGGUAGAAAUUGUAGAUGAAAUCAAAAGUUUUUUUUAUGUAUUGUUAUAGAGACAUAAAUUGAAAAUUACUUACUAUAUUAUAGAAGACAUACAAUAAAAUAUUUAAAGAAAUAUUCUAUGCAGAGUUGAAAAUUACCUAAAAUAUAAUACCUUAAGCACUGUUCCUAAAUAAAGAUACAUUAAACAGUAGUUACAGAAAACAUUUUAAUCUAUUUUAUUUUAUGCAAAACAGUGCCUAUGUUUUGUGAAUUGAGACAUUUUCUUUCCAACUGAGGUGCCCACAGUAAAAAUAUUAAUAAGCAUAUUAUAAUUUUCAAUUUAGAUUGGUGUUAAUCCAAUCAUGUUUGUUGGAGUUAUGGUGUAUUAACACAUUUGCUUCUGCAGAAGUAUCCACUUAAAUUAGAUUCAAUAUGACUCAUCCAGUUCUGAUGCAAAUGUGUGAAUAUGGCAUAAACUAAUUGAAGUGCCUAGAUGCAUUUAAAACAUAAAUGCUUCUAUUAUGUAUUGUGAAGGAGAAAGUAUGUGGGUAGUAUAUUAAUGCACGGAUUUACUUUCGAAAACAUAAUUAUGUAAAUUGCUAGUCUUUAUGUGUAGACACUUUCUAGAAUCUAUAAGCUGCUAAUGUUACACUCUAUUUAUGUGUCUCUUAUAAGGGGAAAUGCUAGGAAAGGUGUUUAAACACUGGGCCUGGAUUGACCUGUUAACAUUUACUAGUUUUACAACCCUAAUUUGAAUAAGGUCAAAACUAUACAAUAGCAACAUAUAUUGCCUGUGCUCAUUGAGCCAAGAUUUGCAUUAAAAACAGUAACUUAAUAGUUCUUUCAUUUGAAGGCAAAAGCUGGGUUCUCACUUGUGUCAUAUCCCCUUUAUCAGAUCUCUGUGUGUAGCUAGUUCAAUUCUUGAUAUAAGAGAUCUUCUUCUUCUUCUUCUUCUGGUGCCGUCUCCUAUCGAAGGUUGGCAAUCAUCCUGCUGAUUUCCGUCUUGGAGGCCGCCGCACGGAACAAUUCUCCAGUGCUCAGCUGGAACCACUGGCGUAGAUUUUGCAGCCAUGAUGUCAUUGGCCGCCCAGGCCUCCUCCUGCCUUGUAUUUUCCCCUGUGUUAUUACUUGGAGGAGUUCGUACUUGGGGUUUCGCAUUAUGUGGCCGAAGUAUAUAAGAGAUCAUGAAUAUUUAAAUAAUGCAUGAAGGAGUGUAACAUUAGCCAUCAUAUUGUUAGUUACUUUAGUUUUAAUAAACAGAUAGUACCUACGCUAUGGAGAUGAGUCAAAAGGUGAGGAAUACUGUCUUUCUCUAUCAAAUUGAAUCUCUGUCCUAUCUCAUUGGCUCAUCCUCAUACAGAUACUUUGUAGUAUACAAGGCAAAGCUCCAGACACACAGAUAUAGAUUUGCGUAAGCAUAUAUCACAAUGAUUAUUGAAGCUGAAGACCUUGCACGGGGCGCAAGACGCGCGACAUAAAAAAGUACUCUGUAACGCGUGAGACGUCCAAUACGUUACAAGAGUCGCGGCUUCGAGAGCGAGUGCAACGGAAAACUUUUGUGACGUCUUGAGUUCUGUGACCCGUGCUAGGCCUUCUGUACAGUGUCACUUUUAACAUCUCCGCUCUAACACUGGGCGCAACUUUUCAUGUGCUCACUCAAGUACAUCCACUGGCGCAUCUAUUUGAUCUCUAUCUGUGACAGCCCCUAUACCAACAGCUAUUACUCAAAAUAGCAUUGAAACGAAGUGGCUUCACACAGAUUGGUGGUAGGAGUAGGACGCUAAUUUGGUAAUAUAUGAAUACCUAAUAGUUUUUCUAUUCAAUUUCUAUCGGAAACAAGGAAUAUAUAUAUUUAAAUUGAUUUCGAUUUUACUUAUGAGUAUAAAACUUUAUGAAUUUUAUAAUAUAACUAAACAUAUUAGAAAGAAAGAUCUCUUAAAAAUAUAUAUUACGAUGAUUGUAGCAUAAACUGCUUAUUUAUCUACUUACUAAGUAGCUUUUUUAUGUUUGGUUUUUUAAUUAAGAAAUGGGUAGCAAAUAUAUGUUAUUGAAUCGAAAAAAACUACACAACAUUAUUUUGUGACUAGCGGUUGUAAUAAUUUAUUGGAUUAUUUUUAAAUUUCACAAAAAUCAUUUUAAAUUAAAUGUACCUAGUAAGUAUACUUUAGUAAGGCUUCCUCUAGGCUAGAUGUGUGGUUCUGUGUGCGUAUGUGAUCUGUUAAUACCACUUAUAAUAUGUAAUUUUGCAUCAGUCCACUCCAAAUUCAAACAAGAAUAAUUACUUAGCUCUAUUAGGAAAAGUGUGAUAAAAAAUGUUUUGUUCUUACUCUUUUCAUAUGGAAACAAGUGGAUUCUGUUCAUCAGUACAUUAUUCAAACUUGGUAUUGUAAAAUCAAUUGCAUUUGUACCUUGUCAAGUUGUCUAUAAUAAAAUAAAUAACAAAUUGAAUGUUGGAAAUGAAAUGUAUGGUUUGUGAGUUUGACAAGGUAUAAAGGUGUGUA